GUCAUGGACGGCCUGACAAAACGCGACGACAAAACUCCGUCGCUGGCUUAAACAUGUUCAUCGGUGGUGUUUAGCUUCCCCUCCGACGCGGCUGAAUAUGCAGAUCUCUUCGCCCUUAGACGGCCUUUAACAACCUCAACUUCCACCGAUCCUGACUCCUCAAGGUAAAACCCUCGAAGAUCUUUCUCUCCUGGUGACAAAAUCAGAUGGGUGACAGUGAAGACGAAACCGGGUACCCAAAGAAGUUUUACCCUCUGAAUCGCCAGACCCAUCCUAUGUACACCCGACCCAUUCCCAAGCGCCACGCGUAUUACCACGAAGAAGACGACGACGAGGAGGAGCAAGAAGACGAAGGAGGAGGAGGAGGAGGUUACAGUCAUCGCGAGAGGUUUCAGAAGAGGCUUAAACCGACUAAACACGACUUCUCCUCCGGUCCGAGCGAGACGAAAGCUGAGCAAGAGGCGUUCGUGGUGCUGGAGGUGUGGGGAGACAGGUUCCUGCAGUUGGGUCGGAGGAGCUUGAGGAACGAGGACUGGAACGAGGUCGCGGAGAAAGUCAGCGAGGAGCUUCGGUCGGAGAGGUCGGAGACGCAGUGUCGGAGAAUGGUCGAUAACUUGAAGAGGAAGUAUAAGAAGGAGAGGAUCAAGGUGGACAAGUCCGGGUUGGGUUCGAGCAAGUGGUCGUUUUUCAACAAGAUGGAUAUGUUGCUUGGUGGCGGUUCUUCGGCUAAACCGGAGUUCGGUUUAGCCUGUGGCGUUGAUUCGGGGGAGUUUGUGUUUAUGAACACUAAGGUUUAUUUGGAGAAGAGUAAUGGUUUUGAUGAGAUGAUGGAUAGUCCUGGUGCUUCGGAGGAGGAUGAUGAUGAUGAGGAGGAGGAGGUUGAGUAUGAGAGGAGGAGGAAGAAGGGGGAUGAUGCGGCGUCGUAUAAGCUUUUGGCGGAGUCGGUUGAGAGGUUUGGGAAGGUUUAUGAGAAGAUGGAGAGGAGUAAGAAGGAGCAGAUGAAGGAGUUGGAGAAGAUGAGAGGUGAGUUUCAGAGAGAUUUGGAGUUGCAGAAGAAACAGAUUGUGGAGAGAGCUCAGUCUGAGAUCGCUAGGCUACGUGAAGAAGAGGAGGAGAAUCAUCAUGAUGAUGGUGGUGAGAGUGAAGAUGAGGGAAUGGAGAAUGAUUCUGAUGUCAAUCUCAGUGAUUGAAUAAUUUAAUAACUAGGUUUGUAUGUUUGUUUUAUUAGAUUCAAGAAAGAUUAUGUUUUGCAUUUUGGGGAAUUCACAACUGGUAAGUGUUUGUAACUUGUGUUUGAUUGAUGGUUACAAGUUUUAUUGAUAUGGAUUAGUAAGGAUUAUUGUAA